CACAAACUGUGAAGUGCGCAUAAAAAUGUCAUUCAAAAAGCAUCUCAUUAUCAGUACGCUGAUACGUGUUUUCCUCAUAUACUACGGCGAGGUGCAGGACAGUUUAUCGGACGUGCAAUAUACAGAUGUGGACUACCGCGUGGUCACUGACGGUGCUAACCAUGUGCUGGCUCUGGGAUCUCCGUUCAAAAGACACACCUAUCGGUAUACGCCGCUGCUAGCCUACUUGGUGCUGCCAAACUUGCUGGUGCAUCCGAGCUUUGGAAAGUUCAUUUUUUCCCUCUUUGACAUCCUAAUUGGCGUGCUGAUCAAGUGGAUCCUGCUGAAUUGCUACCGCAGCAACAAAAUAUCGAUCGAAACGAAGCUGCUCAAGCUGGAAACCCUGAACAAUCGGAACAAGUAUUUGAUUAAGCGAAAAAAUGAAAUUCUAAACAGCAACAACGAAGCGCUGCCUCCUAAGUACAUCCGGAUGGCUGAAAUCAGUGCCUACUGCUGGCUGUACAACCCGCUCACCAUGAUCAUUGCAACACGCGGUAAUGGCGAUUGCGUAUCAUGCUCGCUAGUUCUUCUAUCGAUCUACUUUCUGCUUAAGAAUGAACAAACCAUUGUGCAAUACUUUGUCGCCGGGCUGUUUCUCGGCCUUUCAAUUCAUUUCCGACUCUAUCCCAUCGGAUUCUGCUUAGCCUUCUAUCUAGCCACACAAAACCGAACUCUGGAAAAAUGGCACGAUAUCGUCCGCAGCAUUCUAAAGCCGAAUCCAAAACAAAUUGCACUCGUGCUGGGAACAGUUGUUGCCUUGGGUUCUACAAGCGCCUUAUUCUAUUGGCUGUACGGAUAUCAAUUCAUUUACGAAUCAAUGCUCUACCAUCUGGUGCGGAAGGACACGAGACACAACUUUUCACUCUACUUCUAUCUGCAAUAUCUUAGUUCCACGUUCGACGUAACUGUGCUGGAAAAGGUUCUCACCUUUCUACCACAGCUUAUACUUAUCCUGAUGCUAACUGUGCGAUACGGGCAACAUCGACAGACGCUGGCAUUCGGACUGUUUGCCAUCGCCUUUGUAAUGGUCACGUACAAUCCGGUCGUUACAUCGCAGUACUUCGUCUGGUUUCUGUCCUUGCUGCCUCUAUGUGUGAAGAACUUCCGUAACAUCGGCAUCCGCAAAGCAGUUUUCAUUCCAGUGAUGUGGUUUAUUUCGCAGGGUGGAUGGCUUUUACCCGCCUAUCUACUGGAGUUCAAAGGCUGGAACACGUUCGAAUUCAUUUGGAUACAGAGCAUCGUUUUCUUCUUCUCUAACGUACUGAUUCUGCAGAUGCUUAUUAGUAACUAUGAUAUUGCGUACAAUUACAAAAUAGAUUAAACCGCCUACCGCUUCAUCAGUCAGUGUAAAUAAAAUUUUGUAUUUCUACGUACUAA